GAGGAAGUGACUUAUUUCCCUUCUAUUCAAAACCAAAAGAGGAAGUAAAUCACUGAAAAUAGCAAAACUGCACACAGAAAGAAAACAUAUUAUUUUCAUCGCAUCAUUUAGAAUCAAACAUAAAAAAAUGUUUCCAGCACCUCACUACAGGGAACAGUUAUCACUGAUGUUAUCCGAUGUUUUAGAUGAUCUCGGUGUCAACAAACGAAUUGUGAUGAAAAGGAGAAAAUUAAUGAAGAUGGAAGAGACUAUGGAAACUAUUGCGUUUAGGUCAGCUCGUACAAAUUUGACUUCUUACAUUUUAGGGAGUCAAAUUGAAGGAACAACUACUAUGGGACUUGAGUCAGAUAUAGAUCGGGUAAAUUUUGACAAUAAUGUUAAUGUUAUACAAGACUUGUCAGAGUGGGAACUUGGCAAGAAAAACUACCUCAUGGUACAGGAUGAGAACACAACCCCUGGAUAUUGUUUCCUUCACUUGUUUCGAUCUGAUGAACCUUUGCCUGCCACUGAAAUUCCUAAUAAUCACCAAAGAUCUGAAAGAAGCAAAAUAUUAUGUAAAAAUACAACACAAAAUCCCUUUGAGGUUUUUGGUUUGAAGCAGCAUGGGCCAUCCAUUACUAAACAAGGACAGCACAAUGCUCGUGAUGAAGAUACUGUGCAUCAUGCUUAUCCCUGUAAAUCUUGGCCUCAACCCGCAUCAGCUUGGUUAGAGAGACAAGGUACAGGAGGAUGGCCAACAAAUGAGAUGAGAAGAUUCGCAGCCAGAAAAAGGUGUUUUGUUGUUCCAGUUGGAAGUAAAGUCAGUGUUUAUCCUGAACUUGAAUGGAGAUUAUCUACAUCUCUGGCAGAGAGAUAUCUUAUGUUCAAUUUCAAUAUAACACAAAUUAGGUGCUUUGUUGUACUGAAAAUGAUUCUUAAAUCAUUCCUAAUUCCUCAGGGGGUAAUAAACAUAUCAAGUUUUAUGAUUAAAACAGUUUUAUUUCAUUGUAUAGAAAAUACAGAAUCAAGUUUAUGGGUAGAUAACAAUUUAUUGACAUGUUUAAUAUUCUGCCUACAGGAAUUACAUAAUUGUGUAAAGAAUGAACAUUGUUCCCAUUUCAUAAUAUCUGAAAACAACUUGAUGGCAGGACAAUUUCGUUUUGAGACAAAAAAUGAACUUUUAGGAAAUAUAAGUGACUUUAUUCAGAAUGAUAGACAUUCUUUGCUUCGGAUUGAUACUGAUGAUCUAGGAUAUAGACUUAAAAUUAAACUAAACAUUGUACCAAAGAAAGUGUAUAGUUCUCUUACUUCGCUUGAAAUUACUUCUCUUGAAUUAUACAUGAACUUUGCAUUCACAAUAAGCAAAAGUCUCUUAGUUAUUUUAAUGAGUGUACAAUAUACAAAUAUGAUGCAUAAUACUGGUGAGAGACAUAAUGAUUUACACACUAAAGUCAAGUUUCUGGAACCUUUUAUCUACACCACAUAUGGAUCUGCCCUAGCAUCAUCAAGUAUUGGCAAAAAUAAUGAAAUAUUACCUGAAGCAUUUAAUAUGCUAUCAAAUGGUGUAAACUCAGAUGUUUCAUCUGGCAGGCUGAAACUGGCAUCAGUAUUCUACAGUAUAGGAGAGAUGGAGAAAGCUGAAGAGAUUCUGAGACAAACGGAACAAAAAUAUAACUCUCUUUAUGUUAUACCUAUCUGUAGCUGCGUGUCAGGGAUACCAGAAACAAUAUCUGAAGACAUUGCAAGGGUAUGUAAUGAACACAAUGACGACUGUAUCAAACAUAUUGUAGCAUUUUGCGUCCAUUUCCUACGGCUGGAGAUCAACUGCGUUCCUCGUGAACUACAAUAUGAAGUGUUCAGAUCUACAAAAAAUGACAUGAUACACAGACUUCCCAGUGACAUAUGGAUGGAAUGGGCAGUAGUUGAUUCUCUCCCUUUCUUAUACUUCCUACAAUAUAAGAUAUAUAGUCAUCUACAGAGACAACAAGAAAAACAACAGGCUCUCAAUAAUCUUAUGAGAACAACAUUUACAGAGAAAAACCUUAAACAUAGAGAAACAACUCUUAAUAUUUUAGGGCAAUGUAUGGAACAAGAGAACAGACCAAAUGAUGCUUUACAUUACUACAUAUAUUCUCUGAAAGAAAGGCCAAGAAACAACGCUGCAAAAAUUCAUCUAUGCCGGCUUCUCUGCAAGUGUUACAUGGUUUGAGAUUCUACUUUUUAAUUCAGAAAUUAAAUAUGAAAAGAAAGUAGAACAACACGUCAAAACCCGGGCAUAUGUUUAGACACAUUUAUUGACAGGUUUCAGUCAAACAAUAACCAUCAUCAGGAUAAUACAAUUUCAGUAUAAAAAUUCAACCCAAACAUACACAAAAAUUGGAACAUAAAUAUCAAAUGGCUUUGUCAAAAAUGACAAUUUUUAGAAUGGACAUGAACUACAACUUAAUAAAACGAACUCUUGAAAUUUUAGUACAUCAUUUUUGGAUCUUCAUAUUACUAUCAACAACAAUUCUAUUCACA